AUGCCGUCCAUCCUCAGCGACGACGACAAGGACACCGUCAAGCGGAUCGUGCCCAAGCAGUCUAACAAGAUUCAGGCAGUGGCCGUUGCUAGACUCUACGUCGCUUACCCCAAUCGCUCAAAAUGGACCUAUACCGGACUGCAGGGAGCUAUCGUGCUCGCCAACGACCUGGUUGGGCAUACCUACUGGUUGAAGCUGGUUGACAUUUCGCCCUCCAAUCGAGGAGUCAUUUGGGAUCAGGAAAUCUUUGAUACGUGGCACUACAACCAGGACCGAACCUUUUUCCAUACUUUCGAACUGGAGGAGUGUCUAGCUGCUCUAAGCUUCGUCGAUGAAAAGGAGGCCAAGCAGUUCAAGAAGAAGAUGGACGAGCGCGAGAAGAAUGCGAGCCGAUCUACCAAGUCUACACCCUUUGGAGGAGGUGCCCAGCCUACUCACAAGCACGGCAUCCUGGGGGGUCUUUUUGGUCACCGCCAUUCCUCUCAUUCCCACAACACGGCCCCGACCCCUCCAGAGUCUCCACGAAUGACCUCGAACCCCGUCCAGCAUCAUGUUGUCAACUCCACGGGAAGCAUCAAUGGCGUCAAGCCAUCCGAGUUUGCGCUCCUCGACGCUUUUGAUCCUCUUUGGCGGGAGCAUUUUGGUGCCGAUCUUCAGGAAAAGGGGUUGACCGACGACUUUAUCAAAGAGAACCAGGAGUUUAUCGUCGACUUCUUGAGGGAGGAGCAGCAGAAGCUGAACCAACCGCAUUCGACGCCGCCACCACCACCUCCUCCUCCUGCGUCGGCACCUACCAACGGAAAUGAUGGACGCGGCUCACGAGCUCCACCGCCUCCGCCCCCGGCCGGACGCAAUCAUUCUCCUCCUGCGCCUCCGGCUCCGAGAAAAGGCGGGCCCCCACCUCCGCCGGCUCCGCGACGAUCCGGCAAGGCGGAGUCUCCUGCACCUGAAAGGCCGGCGUCACCUCCCCGACCCAAAUUCAGCGUUCCUCCGCCAUUGGCCGAUGCCGGCAAGUUCUCGCGUCCAGAGCCUCCGAAACCAGUUGCUGCGGCCCCCAACCCUGGACCACCACCGCCUCCUCGGCCGGCCAAGACGCCGCUCGACCCGCAGAAGAACGACGGCCACAAGUUUGGCGUUCCUCCCCCCUUCGCCGGCGCCAGAGUUCCUCCCCCGACACCCAGCCGUGGACCAGUCCCCCCUCCGCCUCCCCCGCGUGGAAACGACUCUCACGCUGCGCCUGCGGCUCUUCCUCCACCUCUACCACCAAAGGUGCCGGCAUCUGGAGCUCCACCGCUGCCUCCUCCGAGCUCGCGUCCCGUACCCCCUCCCCCGGCCGCCAGCAGUCAUCCUCCCCUUCCACCACCUCUACCCCCGACAAACAAUGUGCCUCCGCCUUUGCCUCCUACCAGCGGCGCUCCUCCUCCCCCUCCGCUACCCCCGACAAGUGGUGCUCCUCCACCCCCUCCUCUGCCGCCAACUUCAGCUGGUGCACCUCCUCCUCCUCCUCCUCCUCCACCGCCCCCGGGAAUGUCUGCGCCAGCUCUGCCAUCGGGAGAUACUGGCCGGUCAGCCAUGCUGGGAGAUAUCCAGCGAGCGGGUGGUAUCGCCUCGCUUAAGAAGGUUGAUCGCUCGCAGAUUCGCGACCGAAGUGGUGCCCAAGUUGCUGGUAGUGAGUCUGGCGGCGGCGGCGGCGCUGCUGGAGCUCCCGGUGCACCUGGUGGUGGCGGUGGUAUGGCUGAUGCUCUGGCUGCCGCGUUGCAGAAGCGAAAAGAAAAGGUCUCUAAGAGUGACGACGAGAGCGACAACGACGAAUGGUAA